GGGUUUCCACCACUUUUUCUACACCACCUCAAAACCGGCCCAAUCAAAAGAUCACAAAAACAUCGGCAUAUCCCCCGGUCAAGUUUUCAAUCUUGCUUUACUCUUAGCCUCUGAAUACAAACCCAUUACCUUUUCCCUCGUCUUCUCUCCUUUCUGAAAGGAUCUGAGAUUUCAAUUCCUUACCCGUCACCUUUUCCUCCCUCUUUUCUCCUUUCUAGAGGAAUCUAAAACUUCAAUUCUUCUUUGCGCCAAUACAAAUCUGAGAAAACAAAUCCAACAGUCCGUUCGUUGAAAGUCUCAAACUCCCCAUCAAAGAAUAAAUCUUCCGACUAAAAUCAUCAAUCUGCCAACAAAAUGAUUCAACAUGGUCAUCCAGCUUCGAUGGGGCGUUGUCCAUUCGUUAUUUGUUCUGCGGGUUUGUGUCCUGCUAACCGAAGCAGAGCUUUGAGAAAUAAUAAUAGUGUUGAAGCUGUCCAAGUCAAUGGAAACGCUCAGGCUGUUGACUGUGCUCAAGCUGCUGGCCAUGCUCCACUCAUUGACCUUAAUCAAUUGCCUGGCCAUGCUCAAGGCAUUAGCUAUACUAUAGCUGCUAGCUACAUAAGGGGCAGGCCAGACGCAUCAUACAGUCUCGCGCCAUUGAGCGGAAAUUUCCCUGCAGUAAGCCCAGGUUCUAGCUAUACUCAAUCUAUCAACAAUGCUAGAACCGUUAGCGGUGCUCAAGCUAACUACGAUACUCAAACUGCCGAGGUCAAUCAAACCUCUCAGGCUACUAAUGCUCCUCAAGCUACUGUAGCUGGCUUGAAUUUUUUGGCAAGCGACGGUUUCGCCAGCGGUGCCUCUACUCCACGUUCCUUUGCAGGCAGCAUCUUCAGUGCUCCACCUUCCCCUGCAGGUAGCAAUCUUACUGCCAUGAAUGACAAUAUUCGCAGACGCCCAGUCCUCCUACGUAGUCAAUUCGCGGCUCAAAAUAGAUAUGAUCUUCACCAUAGAAACCCAUAUCAUUCUAGUCUUGUCAACCAAAGUGGUCUACGUGGAAACAACGAUGAGAAUGAUGGAAAUUAUGAUGGCCAUCAUGAUAGUAAUGAGGAAGAAGAGAACAAUCUAUUUGCUAAUCAGCUCGCCAGAUUGUAUUUGGAUGAAGAUAUUAAUACUGCCAUCGCCGAAGGCAACGAUAAUGACGUAUCUUAUUUCACAAUGAGACCAGAAGAAUCUAUGGGUUUUCUUGAAGCAUCCCGAAACGACGUAGACGCCGGCAUCAACCAGCUCAAUCUUGCAAUUAAUGCAUAUGAUGGUUCCGAUACAUUGUGAUACCAAAAUUUACCACCGGUAUGGUAGAAAUAAUCCACACAAUGUCUUAGCAUAUCAGAUCUACUUCCCUCUCCUUCAUUGACAAAGAAAGAAAAAUAAACUUGAAGCUAACAUAUCAAGAUCUUAGUCUUUCGAAGCGUUGUAAUUCAUUGUUCUUUAAAUGGAUGGGCUUCGCCUGCGUACGACCUCGAUUAGCUUCCUCUCUACCACCGAUGACUCCUUUCUACUGUCGACAAUUUCUCUCUAUCACUACGGAUAACAGAAAUUCAGACCUUCAAUAUACAAAGCUUUUUGCACGAAGAGGCUUUGAGUUGAUCAACAAUGCUUCUUUUGAUAGCAUUGAGGCUCGCCCCCAGAUCAUCCGACAUUUUUGGCACUAGAAAGGAAUAGGAAUAAAUGGAAGGCUAUUUUAGGGCGAUACCUCAGUCAAGACGCCUGUCAUAAUUACCUUUAGGAUAUUCGAAUCCUUGAUGACUUCGAUGUGUCAUCCAGUACAGUUAUUUGCGCUAUGAUUUUUGUGCGAUGUAAGUUAGGUCCUCACACCUUCUACCACUUGGAUAGUUAGGAGUAUGUGAUACCCAGCUAUACUGCAAUUAUAGUUUUUGUAUUCUUUUAUUCUUGUCUACGACUCUUUUUCUUCUUUACUCCAGCUUCAAGCGGUACGAUUUAGCCACUCGCUUCUUUUUCCUCUAUAGGAUAUAAGAGCGUGCGAUACCUAAUGAUUUUACUAUCACGACUUUUUGAUGAGAUACGGAAAUACUAUCAUCUAAGCCUAAAUACCACAUGAUUCAUGAUCAUAACUCUCCUUUGAUUUAUUAUUUUGGUACAUCAGUUUGGGUGUUAUUUAGGGACAUUAUUUUGGCAUAUUAUUUUGGGGUGUUACUUAAGGACAUCAUUUGAUAGGAGCAGAUUAUUUGUCAUUUUGUUAUCGAGUGUUGCGUGCGAAAAUUCUGUAUUACGAAAAAGAUAAAGGCGACCGGUGGGAUAGGAAAAGGUUUUGAAUAUUCCUUUUGGAGAAAUCA